AGUUUGUACCGCAUCCUGCUUCCUGCCUGCGUCCCAGCAGUGGAGGAUCAAGCGAGUGCGCUUAACAAAACUGUCCACGUUUCUCUUCCUCACCUCUGAAUGCGCGGUUGCUGGCAGCACGGUGCAGCACUCUCAGAGCUCUGUGGGAGUGGUGGACGGAGACGGCGAAUGAUGCGGUGCGUGCCCAUCGACUCCUCGACCGUUUUAUUAUUACCCCAUUCUAUUUUCACGAUAUCUCUUCGACAUAAAGUCCUUUGUUUUUUCUUGAGAGCAUUCGAUAUAUAUAACCCGUCAUUGGCCGAGGUCAUGGACCUUUGUAAACGUGUUGCCACGCUGAACGAAUUGGUGUAGAGACGUUUUUCUUCCUUUUCGCUCCUUCAGUAUUGUUUCUUGUUUCCUUCUGUGCACGCCAUCCAUGACAAGCAGCCGGAUCCUUCCAGCAGCGUGCGGCUGGAGCGCGCAGCGUCGCUGCAUGGAAGAGCCGAGCAGUAUGCUGAGAGACAACGCCGGACGUGCGCGCUGAAGAGAAGAAGUGUGGCAGACGACCAAGCAAUAAAGCAAAUAACGAAAGACAACGCGACGAACAGAAAAGACUCCUCGGAUGGCGCGUACGCGUGCUGUGCCACUGCGGCGUUGUAGGACGCAAGCCCGCGCACCACGCUGUCCACCACGCGUCACUCAUGUGCUCCCCGUCUCUCCGUUGGAGCUCGACUGCCCAUACCGUUUGCCUCCGUUGUUGUUGUUGUUGUUGUCACACAGCCUCCUUGCUACUUUUUUCUCCUCCGUUCUUGUUUUCUCUCUUUUCCGUGCCCACACGCACCCACACGCGCACACGCCCCUCGCAAGUCUGUGUUAACCCUUUAAUUCUCUCUUUUCAUCAUCUCACCCAUCCCUACCAAACUCAAAAAAACAAAAACAGAACACAAAACUACUUCUUUUGGCCACUUAAACCCAUCACAAAACACAGCGUCAGAGCCAUGUCGCACAAGCACAUCGACAUCGACAAGGUGAUGUCGGAGCUGACGCUGGAGGAGAAGAUCAGCCUCGUCGGCGGCAAGGACUUCUGGUGCACGCGCGACAUCCCGCGCCUGGGCGUUCCCUCGGCGAUGAUGUGCGACGGUCCCACCGGGCUGCGCAAGAGUCUGAACAUGGACCAGGUGGACUCGGGGAGCGUGCCCGCCACGUGCUUCCCCACUGCCGUCGUGCUGGCGUCGACGUGGAACCGUGCCAUGGUGGAGAAGGUCGGCAAGGCGAUCGGCAAGGAGUGCCGUGCGGAGAACGUGUCGCUGCUGCUGGCGCCCGGCAACAACAUCAAGCGGUCGCCGCUGUGCGGACGCAACUUCGAGUACUACUCCGAGGAUCCGUACGCUGCGGGCCAGCUUGCCGGCGCCUACGUGAAGGGCGUGCAGAGCGAGGGUGUCGGCACGUCGCUGAAGCACUACUGCGCGAACAACCAGGAGACCAACCGCUUCUCGGUCAACGAGCAGAUCGACGAGCGCACGCUGCGCGAGAUCUACCUCGCCGCGUUCGAGAGCAUCGUGAAGGAGGCGCAGCCGUGGAGCAUCAUGGCGUGCUACAACCGCGUGAACAACGAGUACGUUGUGUCGAGUCGCCACAUGCUCACGGACGUGCUGCGCGGCGAGUUCGGCUUCAAGGGCUUCGUCGUGUCCGACUGGGGCGCCGUCGACGACCGCGCCAACGCGCUGCACGCGGGCAUGGACCUGGAGAUGCCCAGUACGUACGGUGUGACCGACGCGCAGCUGAAGAAGCGGGCUGGCGAGGGCAAGCUGGACCUGGAGCAGCUGGACGUGUGCGCGCGCCGCAUCCUGGAGUUCGUGAACCGCGCCGCGGAGACGCUGUCGAGGGGCGCGCCGAAGUGGGACGUCGACGCGCACCACGGCCUCGCGCGCGAGGCGGCCGCGGAGGGCAUCGUGCUGCUGAAGAACGAGCACGCCGUGCUGCCGCUGCACGCGUCGAAGAAGAUCGCCGUGAUCGGCGAGUUUGCGGAGAAGCCGCGCUACCAGGGCGGUGGCAGCUCGUUCGUGAACGCGACCAAGGCGUCGGGUGCGCUGGAGGAGCUGAAGAAGCUUGUGCCAACGCUGCAGUACGCGGCCGGCUACGCGACGGGUGCGACGAAGCACGACGAGGCGCUGCGGGCGAAGGCGGUGGAGGUGGCUGCGGGCUGCGACGCGGCGGUGGUGUUCAUCGGCCUGUCGGAUGCGGACGAGUCGGAGGGCUUCGAUCGCGCGCACAUGCGCCUGCCGGAGCACCACAACGCACUGGUGGAGGCUGUGGCGGCGGCGAACAAGCACACGGUGGUGGUGCUGACCAACGCGUCCGCGGUGGAGAUGCCGUGGGCGAGCAAGGUGCAGGCGAUUGUGGAGGCGUACCUGCCCGGCCAGGCCGGCGGUCUCGCGGUGGCGGACGUGCUGAUGGGCAAGGUGAACCCCAGCGGCAAGCUGUCGGAGUCGUUCCCGAAGCGCUUGGAGGACACGUCGGCGUACCUGAGCUUCCCGGGCACAGUGACGACGACGACGUACAGCGAUGGCGUCUACGUGGGCUACCGGUGCUACGAUAAGCGCCGCAUGGAUGUGCUGUUCCCCUUCGGCCACGGUCUGAGCUACACCACGUUCGAGUACAGCGCGCCGCGCGUGGCGAAGGCUGCGUACGUGGACAACGAGGCCGUGCAUGCGGAGGUGACGGUGACGAACACGGGCAAGAUGGCCGGCUCGGAGGUGGUGCAGCUGUACGUGCGCGACGUGUUGAGCAGCAUCGACCGCCCGGCGAAGGAGCUGAAGGGCUUCGAGAAGGUGCACCUGGCGCCCGGCGAGUCGAAGACGGUGAAGUUCACGCUGGACCGCCGCGCCUUCGCGUACUACGACGUGGCGCGCAAGGACUGGGUGGUGGAGGAGGGCGACUUCGAGCUGCUGUUCGGGUCGUCGUCCCGCGACGUGCGCGGCUGUGCAAUUUUUUUUUUGAAGUCCACGAGCUCUCCUCUACCUCCGAUUUUCACUAGAAACACACUGAUUGGAGAUAUUUGUUCUUAUCCGCCCACCGCCUCCAUGUCGAAGAAGUUGCGCCGAGAUUUUUCUGGCACUUCAAUGAGCCCAGUGUUUUUGCAUAUGUUCCGAACGAUGGAGUCUUCCUUUCCUAUCAGAAUGAAGGUAACGCUCGCUCAAGGCGAAAUUGAUUGGGAAGAUGUUGAUGAGUUUCUGGAAGAAUGCAAGGAGCUUGCUGAUCUGCAGGUGGACACUUCAAGCUUGCUGUGA